AUGCUGAGGGCGUUAGCCAGGAGGACAUCAGCUUCCGUUUUGAACUCAAACUCAUUUGAGCUUCUUCAGAGACGGCAAUUGUGUUGUCUAAAUGUCCUUCCCGAUGGCCUGGACAGAAAUUCUGAAGCUUUUGUCUCAAACUCCAAGGUUAUGGAAGGACUGGUCACCCAACUCCACUCCCAUAUCGAAAAGGUUCUUGAAGGAGGAGGAGUUGAGGCUGUUAAGAGGAAUAUGAGCAGGAACAAGCUCUUGCCUAGACAAAGAAUUGAUCGCCUUAUUGACCCUGGCUCUUCUUUUCUUGAGCUUUCCCAGCUUGCUGCACAUGAAUUAUAUGGAGAUCCAUUACCGUCUGGUGGAAUAAUCACCGGAAUAGGUCCUGUUCAUGGACGACUUUGCAUGUUCGUCGCCAAUGACCCUACUGUUAAGGGAGGAACCUAUUAUCCCAUCACGGUUAAGAAGCAUCUUAGGGCGCAAGAGAUUGCCGCACAAUGCAAAUUACCAUGUAUAUAUCUUGUGGAUAGUGGAGGUGCUUUCCUUCCCAAGCAGGCUGAAGUCUUCCCUGACAGGGAUAAUUUUGGGAGAAUUUUUUAUAAUCAAGCCACAAUGUCUGCUGAAGGCAUCCCUCAAAUUGCUCUGGUAUUAGGCUCUUGCACUGCUGGGGGUGCUUAUAUUCCUGCGAUGGCUGAUGAAAGUGUAAUGGUUAAAGGAAAUGGUACCAUAUUUUUAGCUGGACCCCCACUUGUAAAGGCUGCUACAGGAGAAGAAGUCUCUGCAGAGGAUUUGGGCGGUGCUGCUGUUCACUGUAAAACAUCAGGGGUUUCCGAUUAUUUUGCUCAAGAUGAACUACAUGGACUUUCUCUUGGGAGGAAUAUCGUCAAGAACUUGCACAUGGCUGGGACACCGGGAAUGAUUAACGGAUUCCAAAGCAUUAAUACUGAUUUUAAAGAACCAUUGUAUGAUGUAAAGGAGCUUCGCUCCAUAGCACCAGCAGACCUCAAGCAGUCCUUUGAUAUCAGAUCAAUUAUUGCUCGCAUUGUUGAUGGAAGUGAAUUUGAUGAAUUCAAGAAACUGUAUGGCACUACCCUUGUGACAGGAUUUGCUAGAAUCUUUGGACAACCUGUGGGAAUUAUUGGAAACAAUGGGAUAUUAUUUAAUGAGUCUGCUUUAAAAGGGGCUCAUUUCAUUGAACUUUGCACUCAACGUAAAAUUCCUUUGGUCUUUCUUCAGAAUAUUACUGGAUUUAUGGUCGGCUCAAGAUCUGAGGCAAAUGGUAUUGCAAAGUCUGGAGCAAAAAUGGUGAUGGCAGUUUCAUGUGCAAAGGUACCAAAAGUUACUAUAAUAGUUGGUGGAAGUUUCGGUGCUGGAAAUUAUGCAAUGUGUGGCCGUGCAUAUAGUCCCACUUUUAUGUUUCUUUGGCCAAAUGCCAGAAUAUCUGUGAUGGGUGGUGCUCAGGCUGCUGGUGUGCUCGCCCAAAUAGAAAAGGCCAACAAGAAAAAACAAGGAGUUCAGUGGACAGCAGAAGAUGAGGAGAAGUUCAAGGCGAAGGUCGUAGAGGCUUAUGAGAGAGAAGGAAAUGCUUAUUACUCAACAGCAAGACUCUGGGAUGAUGGAAUCAUUGAUCCAGCUGACACCAGAAAAGUAAUAGGUUUCUGCAUUUCUGCUUCUAUGAACCGCCCCACAGAAGAUACCAAAUAUGGUGUAUUUAGAAUGUAACUUCAGGGAAUUCCAUAAAUUUCUAUACACAGCGGCCAAAUGCUCGCUUUCAAUAAUCCCAAAUAUGUUUUUCGUGAAAUGUCUCAGAUACAUUUCUGUGAAUUCUUGCUGAAAUUACCAGCUUAAUCUCAUUGAAGCUGUCAAUCUUCAGUAGCUAAUUCAUCUAGUUCCCAUCACCUA